CGUCUCCGUCAUUCAUUUUCGCGUUUACUCCCUUCGUGUUGUUGUUGUUGGUGCGUCUAAAACAUUGUGCGUUACAUAUUGAUUGAUUGUGCUCGCGAUUUGGGAGCAAAAUAUUUGAUUUUCCAGCGAAAACCAGUUUAGAGAAAGGAAACGACAGCAAAGAAGCACAAAUCGCUCAUUUUCACCCCCCCUUCAGGACGUGUGAACUUGGUCAAAAAGUAGCUGGCUCGCGCAGUGAUUAGACGCAAGUGAUGCCCAGAUCGUACGAGGAAGAUGAAGCGAGGAGGCCGAUCCUGGACGCGCAGGAAUCGGACAGCGAAGCUCCGGGAUCGGUGAUCGCACCCGCAAGAGAGCGGAUUCUGCACCGGAGUGACGAUGACGAGCUGAGCCAGCCGACCGGAUGUGGCGCGAGUGCGUGCUGCAAUCCGAGUUCCGCCACGCACCGCUUCAUGGCGCUGAUCUUCAUGUGUCUGGUCGGGUUUGGAUCGUACUUUUGCUACGACAAUCCGGGUGCCCUGCAGGACAAGUUCAAGUCGGAUCUGGACCUCUCGACCACGCAGUUUGUGUGGUUGUACUCGAUCUACUCGUGGCCAAAUGUGAUCCUGUGCUUUAUUGGAGGAUUUUUGAUCGAUCGCGUGUUUGGGAUUCGGUUGGGCACGAUCAUCUACAUGUUUAUCUUGCUGAUUGGACAGCUGAUUUUUGCCACCGGAGCGUUGAUCAACGCGUUUUGGUUGAUGAUCCUGGGUAGAUUCCUGUUUGGUAUCGGAGCGGAAUCGCUGGCCGUGGCGCAGAACAACUACGCCGUCCUGUGGUUCAAGGGCAAAGAGCUGAACAUGGUGUUCGGGCUGCAGCUUUCGUUUGCCCGCGUUGGCAGCACCGUCAACUUCCUCGUGAUGGUUCCGGUGUACAAUUACGUGCGCGACCUGGGCUACACCGGCCACCAGUGCACCGGAGUGGUCCUGCUGCUGGCCACGCUGACCUGCGUGAUGUCGAUGUUGUGCGCGUUGAUCCUCGGUUGGAUGGACAAACGGGCGGCUCGGAUUCUGCGCCGGAACGACAACCCACCGAACGGGGAGGUGGCCAAGCUUUCUGAUAUUGGCACGUUCAAGAUUUCGUUCUGGAUGGUGACGGUCAUCUGCGUCGCUUAUUACGUGGCCAUCUUUCCGUUCAUUGCGCUUGGGAAGGUGUUCUUUAUGCGCAAGUUUGGGUUCACCCCGGAGGACGCCAACACGGUCAACUCGAUCGUGUACAUCGUGGCUGGUGUGGCUUCGCCGUUGUUUGGGCUGAUCGUUGAUCGUACGGGACGGAACGUACUGUGGGUGUUUGUAUCGAUUACGGUGACGAUCUUCGCGCAUGGACUACUGGCGUUCACCUUCUACAACCCGUACGUGGCCAUGAUCACGAUGGGCAUGGCGUACUCGAUGCUGGCGAGCAGUCUGUGGCCACUGGUGGCGCUGAUCGUGCCCGAGUACCAGCUGGGAACGGCCUACGGAAUCUGCCAAUCCGUCCAGAACCUUGGCCUGGCCGUAAUUUCUAUGUUCUCGGGAUUGAUUGUCGACAAAGGAGGAUACUUUAUGCUGGAGAUCUUCUUCAUUGGAUGGCUCGUUGUUUCUCUUCUGGCCACGAUCGUCAUCUGGCUGUACGACGCCAACAACAACGGAGCUUUGAACAUGUCCCCGAAGGAGCGGGAGAUCGCCGCCAGCAAACUCUUGGUCGAGGCCGCCAACCGUUACGACGAGAAUGUGGCACCGGUGCCGUCGGAUGGGUCGGUCAAUGAGGAUGGCGUGACGACGCAGGGAGGGGCGGCCCCGCCGGUGGAAUCGAUCCGCAACCGUUAUCUGAACCGCGUCCUGGACAGUCCCAACCAGAGCGAUUCGGAGCCGUUGAUUGAGUAGAAGCAAGCAAAUCGAAGAAAUCAAAAAACAGGAAAAGGUAUUAGAACUGAGAGAAAAAGUGAGUGUUCUGUGCGCAAUGCGUUCUGGUAAUCUCUGCAUCGGUUGGGAGCGUUUGAGUUUUAAGAAGUUGAGUUUUUAUUA